AUGUCUGUUACCCUCCUCAUUUUGCAGGACUCGAAGGAACAACCGCAAGCCUCACCAUUCCUCAUGCCUGAAAACUGGGGUGAAGGCAUCAGCACUGCUAUCCAACCCGUGAUGUGCAUUCUAGACAUUGAAGACGAGAAAGUAGACUGUCUUCAUAGCCAGCUUCAAACCCUGUUGCCGGCUUGCAAACACUGGGCAUUCGAUUCCGCUCUCUGGGCACCCGAUGGAUCUGGCCUUGUGUUCGUUGCCUACGACAAAGAUCCAUUCCGCUUAGGCCUCAUCUACUGCUAUCAGCGCUCAGCACAAUUAUAUUAUUGGAAUUUUGUUAGAGCAGCACUUUCUAUUCCAAAUGCCCAAAAUUUUCGAGCUGUUUUUCACUGUGCUUUCGUGCCUGUCCUUCCCCAUCUUAAAGUUUACUCCCUCUUUUUGGCUUACAGCGACACCAAUUGUUUCCAUGGUUUUCAGGAAUCAUGGUGCUUCAAUGUUUAUUUUCGUAAUGUUCGCCGCACAGAAACUUCUCAAGUUCAAUGCUUGAACCGGCCGGAUCGUGCCGCCCACUGGCCCAGAUUCAGUCCCGACGGUUCAAAGCUCGUUUGGUUUGAAAUGCCCUCCGGUGGGCCGCACAACCAGUGUUUCGAACUCCUCGCUCGCGAUUGGCCGCCGACUGCAGAGCCUGCCGAGGUAGUAGUGCCGCUGGUCGCCUCUCCGAAGUCCAAGACGGAUUUUCCAGGUUUGUUUGCGCUUGCCUGUACAAUUUCAGUUUGUGGUAUAAAUCCUGUUGCCUGCGUUGAUCUAGUACUCUACCCUUUAAAUUGCACGGAUUUCUUCCCAUAG